AUGGAUUCUGAGGACGACACAAAGGAUGAUGUUGAUUCUGGUAACGAGUCCAGUGGAGACGAUGUCGACUUUGUCAUGGACGAGACUCACAGUACAAGAGAACGACAAACGGAACUUGAAGAAUAUCCAUACGAAGUGCUUUCCACAGAGGAAAUUGUUCAACACAUGGUCGAUUGCAUCAAAGACGUUAAUACAGUUGUCGAGAUACCAGCAACAACAACUCGCAUACUUCUGAAUCACUUUAAAUGGGACAAAGAAAAGUUGAUGGAACGGUUUUACGAUGGUGACCAGGAUCAGCUGUUUGCAGAGGCUAGAGUUAUAAAUCCAUUUAGAAAACCAGUCAUACAGAGGCCAAAGCAACCUAGACGAAUAUCCAGUUCGGGAGCCGAAGAAUGUGAAAUUUGCUUUUCUAUUUUACCCAAUUCAAUGAUGACUGGGCUGGAAUGUGGGCACCGAUUUUGUACUCAGUGCUGGUGUGAAUAUCUAACAACUAAGAUUAUGGAAGAAGGUUUGGGUCAAACAAUCGCGUGCGCAGCUCACGCGUGCGAAAUUUUAGUGGACGACGCGACCGUUAUGCGGCUGGUCCGUGACGCGCGCGUCAAGCUUAAGUACCAGCACAUCAUCACCAACAGCUUUGUUGAGUGUAACCGGCUUCUCCGCUGGUGUCCAUCACCAGAUUGCAGCAACGCAAUCAAAGUGGCGUACGUGGAGGCAGCACCCGUCACGUGCCGUUGUGGACACAUUUCUGCUUCGCGUGCGGAGAGAAUUGGCACGACCCCGUACGAUGCUGUCUGCUCAGGAAGUGGAUUAAGAAAUGCGAUGACGACUCUGAGACGUCCAACUGGAUAG